AUGAACAUUGAUGAAGUAGAACAAGAUAAUAAUGGUGAAGUAGUUGAGCAAUCUUCAACAAAAAAGAUUCAACUUAUUCAUGAAUUACAACAAGUAGAUGAAAACAGAUUGAAUGAAUCAUUAAUAGAUGCAUAUCAUAUUGUUAAUGUCGAAGAUGAUCAUGAUGAUAAUAAUGAGGAUGAAAAUGAUUAUGAGAAUGAUGAUGUUGAUGGAUUUGAAGAUGAUUCUGAUGAAAAUACUGAUGAUAAUAAUGAUUAUAUUGAUAAUGAUGUUGAUCGAUUUGAAGACGACUUUGAUGACGAUGUUGAUAGCAGUGUUUUCAAAGAUGAAGGUAGUCUCGUAGAUCAAAUCAGCGUGAACGCUGAAUUUUUCGAAAAAACGUUAUCUAUUCGUGAUAUUGCUGUUAUUUUAUGCUUCAUCAAACGACGACACAAAUGCUCAAAUGAAUUGAUUAUUGAUGUCAUUAGUUUAUUGAAUAAAACUGUUUCAAAUAAUUCACUGAUACCAAAAUCUAUUUAUGAUAUUCGAAGAUUAUUAAAUAUCAAUUCAAAUCAAACGAAAGGAAGUAAAAACCAAGCAAAAACUGUUACUAUAUGUCAAAUAUGUGAAACAGUUCAAAUGUCAAAUAAAAAAUGCUUAAAUGAAUCGUGUAACAUUCGAGAAAAUUAUUUACGAUUACCUUAUAUUUAUACUUGGUUCGGCAUUCGACAGCAAUUCGAAGAAAUAAUUCAGAGAGAGAAAAACAUGAUAUCUGCAUCAAGUUCAGAUACAACGAUGAGAUUAACAAUAUUAAAAGAUAUUAUCGAUGGUCGUUUAUAUAAACAUGUGAUACGUAAUGAAUCACCAGAUGAUACAAUAAAACUAUUCACUUUAUCAUUGUCCACUGAUGGUGUUCAACUUGCAUCUAAUUCAGCCAAAUCAUUAUGGUUAGUUACUAUGACAAUAAAUGAAAUUAAUACUACACAUAGGUUUUUCUUAAAUAAUGUAAUAAUUUGUGGUGUUAAUUCAUGUCAUAGACCGAAACCGAGUCGAGUACUCGGCAAAUCGACUCGAGUCGAGCCGAGUCUACUUUUUUCAAAUAUGUGUCGAGCCGAGUCGAGUCGAGUUUGA